AUGGAUGAACAUCAAGCCCAAGAAAUAUUGCCCCGAAUCGGGAUUCCAAAUCGGGUGACGAAAUUGCGUAUCCCCCGUGCCUGCGAGCAGUGUCGCAGCCGGAAGAUCAAAUGCAACGGAGAACAACCUUGCAAGCCAUGUUGGAAGCAACACCAGUCAUGCAUAUACCGAACGGGUGGCAUUCGGGAUCGUAAGAAGAUGCCUAAAAAACAAUCAACAUCAAAUAUCCGGCCGAAGUCUCUGACACAGCAUGCGGCAAUCGGCAAUCGUACACCGCGUGAUCAAUCAAGAGCUUCUCACGUCAAUUUGACGAACGAUCUCGGGUUGCAGAGACAGCAGCAGGAGCUCAGAGCGGGUAUCGGAAUCUCCAAUCCAAAGACAGGGGCAUUCCAAUUCUUUGGUCCAUCAUCACACUUUUGUUUGAUCCAAAGGAUCUAUCAUCGGAUUCGUAGGAGCACUCAAGAUACCUUAUUGUCUGAGAAGAAUCAUCCGGCUCCUAACGAGUUGGAAAAAUGGGGGCUAGAGCGGCUGCUGUUUUCUGUUGAUGGCGAGAAUGACCCGCUAUCACGCAAAAUCCCCGAGGCGUUCAUGGCGCGGACCACCGGUGAUAUGCUAUUGAGUGCUUAUUUCAAGAUAAUGCACCCCCAGAUCCCCGUCCUUGUCCAUUCAGAGAUAAUGCAGAUCUGGAACGCGCUGUGGCAAUCACCUUCAUCAAAUCGAAAUCUCAGGGGGAAGGAGCUUGUAUACAUGGCUCUUGCCAUUGGAGCCCGCGUCUUGAAUACAUCGCGCCGAGGAGACACUGCCUGGAUUGAUGACUGGGCGGAUUACUUUUGCAGUCGAGCAAAUGAAUCAUCGAUGAUCCUACAGGAGGCUAGCCUCAAGGGCACACACUUCAUGCUUCUCAAGGCAAUGUACGCACUACAAGUCAUGAGACCCAAUGAUGCGUAUCUUUUCCUCGGCUAUGCCACACGGGCACUCUUCGCACUCGGUAUGAACCGGUGCCAAGUGACGGAUGGCCGGAAUUUGAGUAUGCACCGGUUGCGGCUAACGUUUUGGACCAUAUUGGCCAACGAGAGCAUAUCAGCCCUCUUCAUGGGUCGGCCAUCUGCUCUCUCUAUGGAUCAUAUUGAUACCCCCCUUCCACAAGAUCUGCAGGCCCUCGACUUCAUCACAGAAAUUGGGGACCUAGAACAUUCUAGACCUUCCACAGAAUGUGCAUGGGUGAGAGCUAUGGCAGAAAUUGGAAAGGUUGCGCACAAGAUUUCUACAGUCAUUUACUCUCCCGCGAGCAUCAACUCAAUACUGAGAUUAAUGAAGACGGAAGAAGUCAUUGCAGAAUGUGACACCGGACUUCAAAACUCAGUCCAGUCACUGCCAUAUUAUCUUCAAUUCUAUGACAAUACGUUGAAAGUUGGAGAUGAUUGGCAAGAAGUUCAGCGAAUUAACCUGGGCCUUAAUUACUACAUGGUGCGAAUGCUUCUCUAUCGUCCAGCCAUGGUCUCAGCAAAUUUGUUAGAUUCCAGAUCAUCAUUGGAAGGCAACGAAAUUCCUAUGACUGACACCCAAGCUUACAUCAAUGCGUCGACAUCUGCGGCGAAAAGCCUCAUUGAUUUAGCCCACAAUGUUUACUUCAAACGAUUUCCUGAUAUUCGAAUUGAUGGCGCAAUGGCUUCCUUUCUGGUAUCGGCAUGCACUACAUUACUUUGCGAUGUGCUGCAUCCCGGAAUUGAUUCGCACCGCGCAAAAUUAACAUUUGCAGCCGUAGAAAGAGGCAUUGAGUGCCUGGAUGAAAUUGAUCAUGUCGGUCCGACAACCGGCAAGGCAAUCAGCAUGGACAUUCUGAAAGUUGCGCGAGAUACCUGGAUGUCUGCCGAGGCACCUACCAGUCUAGAGUCAGAAUUGCUCCAGUCAAUCCCUCAGUUACAGUGCGUCUAA